UCGAUAUGAUGAUCUCCUCGGUAUGCAGCACAUGCUCUGUUCCCCCGCCUCGGCUUUCUCGUCUUUGAUCUUCCAGUUCAACGAAUGCCGAACAAAUACUGUAGCAGCUUCGUAUCGUUCAUCGAUCGACUCUAUCUUGUGUUUACUUGAAGGCUUAAGAAAGGUCGUGGCUCUUCUGACAUGUUAAAGCACAAAAGUGAGGCUUCAAAGGCAUGCAUGGCUGUGGAAGCAAAUGGGGAUCGAUCUUUGUGAAGACAAUAUAGCACUUGUGGCUGAGGAGAGGAGACAACCGAGUCGAGAACAGCUCAUGCAGCGGCAGGACAUGGACCUCUCACCAACCUUUGGCUCACCCUUAUAAGCGUCGUCGCUGAGACUCUCCUUUCUCUGCUCCUCUCUCGCUUGUCUCUCGCCCAUCUCUUCUCUUUCUUGGAAGCACAUCCCAGAGAUGGGAUAUGGCCGACUCGGCUCGUCCGAGUCAGUUCCCUCCGUUUCCGAUCUCCAGCCGAGUCGCGACGCGUCGGCGACUCGCAAGCGACGAUUCCUGUGGCUUACCGUCGUCUUCGCCGUCUUCCUCCUCGUGGCUUCCGGCGUCUCGGUGGGGCUCGUCGUUCGUGGCCGGAUGCGGUCGAACUCGCCUGCGACUCGGGCGCCGACACAGGCCAUCGCCCGCGCGUGCAGCCUGACUCGGUACCCGGCUUUGUGCGUUAGCUCCCUGCUCGACUUCCCCGGCGCGCUCCAGGCCGGCGAGCGCGACCUGGUGCACAUCUCCCUGAACAUGACGCUCCACCGCGUGGGCGCCGCCCUCUACGGCACCUCCGCCAUCGCCGGGUUCGCCAUGGACAGGCUUGCCCGCGCCGCCUUCGACGACUGCAUGGAGCUGCUCGAGGAAUCCCUCGACCAGCUCUCCAACUCUCUCCUCGUCGUGGCCCCCCCCGCGUCGCCGUCCCCGUCCUCCCAGGCCCGGAUCAGGGGCGCCUCCGACGAGGACGUGCUCACCUGGCUCAGCGGCGCGCUUACCAACCAGGACACCUGCGACGAGGGCCUGCAACAGGUACAGAAUCUCUACAUCAAGGAGCACAUGGAGAGCCACAUGAAGGACCUCGCCGAGCUCGUCAGCAACUGCCUCGCCAUAUUUGCGGGCGUGAGCAGGAACAAGGACUUCUCCGGCGUUCCCAUCCAGAACAGGAAGAGGAGGAAGCUACUGAACGCCAUCGACGACGACGAAUUCCCGUCGUGGAUGGGAAAGAAGGACAGGAGGCUGCUACAGAUUCCGGCAGCGAACAUCCAGGCCGACAUGGUGGUUUCGAAGGAUGGAAACGGCACCUACAAGUCCAUCGCGGACGCUGUGCAGGCCGCGCCGGAUUACAGCAGCCGCCGCAUCAUUAUCUACAUCAAGGCCGGCCGGUACGAGGAGAACAUCAAGGUUGGAAGGAAGAAGACGAACCUCCUCUUCGUCGGCGAUGGUAAGAACGAGACGGUCAUCGCAGGAUCGCGAAGCGUGUAUGACAACUUCACCACCUUCCACACCGCCACCUUCGCGGCGACGGCGACGGGGUUGAUAAUGAGGGACAUGACGAUCGAGAAUUGGGCGGGACCGGAGAAACACCAAGCGGUGGCGCUCCGGGUGGGGGCCGACCACGCGGUGGUGUACCGCUGCAACAUCAUCGGGUACCAGGACACCCUGUACGUGCAUUCGCAGCGGCAAUUCUUCCGGGAGUGCGACAUCUACGGCACCGUCGACUUCAUCUUCGGCAACGCCGCCGUCGUGCUGCAGAACUGCAGCCUGUGGGCGCGGAGGCCGCUGCCGAUGCAGAAGAACACCAUCACGGCCCAGAACCGCAAGGACCCCAACCAGAACACCGGCAUCUCCAUCCACGCGUGCCAGGUGGUGGCGGCGGCAGACCUGGAGCCAGUGAAGGCCAGCUUCUCCACCUACCUGGGCCGGCCAUGGAAACUCUACUCCAGGGUGGUGUACAUGCUGUCCUACAUGGGGGAUCACAUCAACCCGGCGGGCUGGCUGGAGUGGAACGGCUCCUUCGCCCUGGACACGCUCUACUACGGGGAGUACAUGAACGACGGGCCGGGGUCGGCGCUGGGGAUGAGGGUGGCGUGGCCCGGGUACAGGGUGAUCACGCUGCCGGCGGAGGCGAGCAAGUUCACGGUGGCGCAGUUCAUCUACGGCUCCUCGUGGCUGCCAUCAACCGGAGUGGCCUUCUUGGCUGGCCUCGAGACGUAAAUGGCCAUUCCCAUCGAAUCCCAAACCAUCCAUCAUUCUCCUCUGCUCUCCUAGUUCUUCGAGUUCUCAGUCUUUUUAUCUUCUGAAGAGUAUGGUAUAGUUUUUCUUCUUUUCUUUUGGAUCUUUCAGAAAGGAAAUAACUCCAACUUGCUGAAUUCAUUAACUGUACAAUGGGCAGAGUUACUCGUUCCAACUCAGCUUUCUGAUCUCGACAUGUCUAAUCGUAUGUAUGAUCCACCACUAGAUUGUGACAUGGAUUACAGUAAGCUUCA